ACGCCGUGCCGUUGUGACCUUUUUUGGACAUUUAACCGGAUACUGUAAAUAAACCUCUGGAUAGCGUUUAUAUGAGCAGCUGUCCACACACGACAGAUGAACACCGGGAUCGUUUUAUUUGUGACGUGAACGCAUGAAUACGGCAGUGUUUAUUUAAUUCGUUUAAUUUAAAAUCUCUUUUUGUUUCUCUUUUCAUUUACGUCGAUAUUAUAUGUUUUUGGCCGUAUUUGUCAUCAUGAGAACGGGUGUGUGAGGGGCGAGCGCGCGAGACUCAUCUCAUCAUGACAGGAACGUAUAAAAAUGGAAGAAUACCAAGCAGGAAGACCUGUGGCCAUCCAAGGGAAAUCUUGUCAGAUUCAGAUGGCAUGUCUUGAAUAAGAAAAAGAAAAAUGGAGAGCUCACGUUCAAGGAUGGUCCUGAAGAGCUCGCGGCCUCUGCUGGGAUGUUGCGCUCUUCUGCUGGUGACUGGGAUGCUGGUGGUGAUGUUCAGCACACCUGUGCCUGAGGACCUCCCAUCCCACAUGUUCAGAAGAAACCUCAAUCAACAUCAAGCGAGAACACAUUCACCUCCUGCCUUAUCUUCAUCACCAUUAUCUUCCUCAUCUCAGCACUCGGAAAGAACCAGACAUCCGCCUCACGCCUCACCAGGUGCCAACUCUCCUGGUCGCCAUAACAGUGCCUCCAGCAUAGACCCCACCCCUCCCCUUGGCAGCGAGGGGUCAGGUGAUUUAGGAGAUGGGGCUCAGGGCAUUCACUUGCUGUUACGGCCACCCGAUCUUCUGACGCCUAGCCAGAUGCCUCCUUUCCACGUCGAAAGACCGGCUACGCCUGCCCCUCCUACCAUUGUGGCACAUGAAGACUUGUAUCCCAUCCACUCUGCGGAGGUAGACUGGGGUUCCGGAGACUAUUUGGAAACUCUUACCUUCAUGGGAUCUGAAGGGGAGGAGCUUUCGCUCGUCACCACCCUCCCCACAUACGGAUACGAUCCGUAUGACAGUGACGACGAUGGCGCCGUCAGCUACAAUACAGCGUUCCCCUCUCGCCCGGUCCUUCCUCUUUCAUCCAGAGACCUCCAACCCAGUGCGACCGUAAAGUUUGUUGGUAACUUAAGGACGGCCCAUCCCACUGAUCCCCGCCUCCCAUUGGAUCCUGACUCCAUACAUACGACAUUUACAGACGAUGACUUUGAUUGGGCGGAGCUUUAUCCUAUUGAGCCAACUGAGAUGCUGCUUCCAGACAUGAACAGUAUGGAGUAUUACAACACAUUGCAAGCCAAAGAGAAUGCUAGUAUUGCGAGGAAUAAGACGCAAUAUGCACCCCCUCACAUUACGCCCACCCAAACAAUUGGACCCACCCACACUCCCACUGCCACUGCCAAUUUGGAAAAAGGGACGGAUCAUGUCGACUGGAUCUCUCCCCGACCUAGUCCAUUUCUGCCCCAAAAACCCACUAAGCCCACAUCGGCCACUCCCACUGAUACUCAACCACCCCCUGAAGUCCCCUUAACCCCGGAGAAGGAGGUUCCUUAUGUACCCACAUCCCACGUGGGCAGAACUCGGCCACCAGUGCCAACCGGCCAACCUCCACCGGACACCCCAGAGUCUCCGAUAAUACAAGCAGUCACGUUCAAGCCCCCUGCUGCAAAACCUCAUACCACCACUAUCAAAACUACAGUCAGAACCACAACAGUUAAAACCACGACUACAACCAGUCCCAUCAGCAUCUCAACCAAAAGUUCACUACCCGCGACUCCCAGAAUACCAUUGUCCAUUGCACCUCGACAGUACGUCUGCAACAUCACCAAACCAGACAUGUAUCUCGUCAGAGUGGGCAUGCCUAGCGGGUCCUCAGUGUCAUUUGCCAAAGCACAUGUGCGAGAGAUUCUCAGACGAGAGUUCAACCGCUCGGUCGAGCUACAGGUCCUCAAACCCCCGCCCAACUUCAUCUUCCGGACAGUCUCUGGUCCAUUGGUGUACACUGCUGUGUCAGUCAUCAAUUCCCUCCGCCAAUCAGCACACAGCUCCUCCUCUUCUACCAUUCUAUCCGCCACGCCCAUAUAUGCACUGCCAGAUUAUAAACAUCAGGUUCACACAGUGCUGCAGUUUGUACCGAGUCACGUGGACGUGCGUCUCUGUAGCUUCAGUGAGCGUGUGGAGAAAGGGCUGCUCAUGGCGUACGCAGAAGCACGCAAGCGUUCGCAGGAAAAUGGGACUUUCACCCUACACAUUGUGAAUAUUACCAGUAGCCUUCCUAAGGGUCAGCGUCAGCAGAAAGCACCGGUGGACAUCACCUUUGCUGUUCGUGAUUCCCAUCACUACCUGACAGGAGCAGAUGUGAGCGCCCACAUGAGGCAGCUCAGCGCGGUGGAGUUCAGCUUCUACCUCGGCUUUCCUACCCUGCAGAUCUCUGAACCUUUUCAUUACCCUGAGCUGAACGUGUCCCACCUGUUACGCUCAUCCUGGGUGAAAACAGUGUUAUUGGGUGUAUUGGACCAGCGUGUGAAUGAAAGAACCUUCCAGGCCAGGAUGGAGAGGCGACUGGCUCUGUUGGUUGGAGAAGGACUUGGAAUAGGGGUUGGUAAUCGACGCUGGAAAAGAGCUACCAGUAUUGGCAACAGCAGUGUACAGAUCGUGCGGACAUCUCGUCUGGAUGGGCCGGACUUCCCCCUGGAGAUGGUGUAUUUUGUAGAGACGGAGCCUGGAGAGAGACUGCCUGCCCAGGCCACUGCUGCCCUGCUCAACAGACUCAACCUGCAGAGAGCUGCUAUUGCCUUGGGUUACAGGGUCCAUGGAAUACUGGCUACACCUGUGGAGAAGCUAUCAUUGCCUCCCUCUGAGACGCAGCCCAGUAACGUGUGGCUCAUCGUGGGGGUUGUGUUUCCGGUGCUGGUGGUCAUCCUCAUCAUCAUCAUCCUCUAUUGGAAGCUUUGUCGCUCUGAGAAACUGGAAUUUCAGCCAGACGCUAUGAGCACCAUCCAGCAGAGACAGAAGUUGCAGGCUCCCAGUGUCAAAGGUUUUGAUUUUGCUAAACUUCAUCUGGGUCAGCACAGUAAGGACGACAUCAUGGUAAUUCAAGAACCCGCCCCUCUCCCGCCUUCUGUUAAAGAGGCCACGCCCUCCGAGGGCGGAGAAUUGAACACACCCAAAUCGAAGAGUUCGUCCACGAAAGCUUCACGUUCUGCUCGGAGGAGAGGGAGAUUGUCUCCGUCUGAUGGCGAUUCGUUAGGAAGUGAAGCAUCUAGUGGAAGAGAGUCAGCGGAGGAGAGCACGAGACCUGCCGUGACGCCGAGUGACAGCAAACCCCAGCAUCGCAAGAGCAAGCAUGCUAAAAGCAAACUAGGUGCACAGCCUGGAAGUGGUGCAGAUGAGCAAUUGUCCUCCUCCUCCAUAUUCGAUCACGUGGACCGUCUCUCUCGCGGUUCGUCUGAUGGAACGCGCAGGGUAUCUAAUAAGAUCCAACUUAUCGCCAUGCAGCCCAUGCCGAGCCCUCCCUCUCAUCCGCACAACCAAGCCCUGAGUCCCAGCCUUACAGAGAUGUUGUCUGAUGGGUCAAAGGUCAACAGUGAGAUCCAGGUGGCCUUAAGGCACAAGUCUGAGAUCGAGCACCAUCGCAAUAAGAUCCGCCUGCGUGCCAAGAGAAAGGGUCACUAUGAAUUUCCCUCCAUGGAGGACAUCAUGGCUGCGUUCGGUGACAGCACCGAGCAGCAGCGUGUUUAUCAGCAAGCCCAGGAGCAGAUCCACAAGAUUCUGCAUCCGCAUGAACACACACAGUCAUCGUGCGGAGAGCCACGCAAGAGUGCAAGAGGUCGACGCUCUCCCAGACACCGACAGAAACAGAAUUACAGCGGCAGCGGAAGUCUGAGAGACAAAGAUCGCCUCAUUAGCGAUGGUGACGCCACAUACAGGAAGUACCCCGGGGUCAAUAAUGUGGCAUAUAUGUCUGAUGCAGACCAGCUCCCAGAUCCAGGUAGCCCCUCCCCGACCGAUGAGGUGUUUUUAGACCCCGGAUCUCCGCCUUCUGGCCCCGCCCCUGCCCCGCCCGCCUACAUCCUCCCUCAGCCAACCAUCGAAGAGGCCCGGCAGCAGAUGCACUCCUUAUUGGAUGACGCCUUUGCUCUCGUCUCGCCCUCUUCUCAAGGAAGCCCCGCCCCUUUGACGUUCAACGGCAUCACUGCCGUAACUGGGGUUGGAGGAGUCAUUCCCGGUCAACCUUCUAGCCCGUCCUCACGCCCUGCACGCCAAUGGGGCUCCUCCUCUUACCCAGCAGCCCCUGCACACAGUCCUUUCUCUGCGAGGUAUGCGGAGUUAGGAAUGUCUCCUACGUCGGUCCAUGGCUUACUGCAGAGGGAAGCGCAAGGCCUGGGCUAUCUGGUGCCGGCAGACAUGCAGUCUGAUCCUGGUUACUCCAGCAGGGGGCAGUAUGGAGAAGAACUCCCAUCAUCUUCUCGGCCUCGACCAGUAGGGGGCAGCACAGGUGCACAGUUGCAUCAGCUAACACAAGUGGGUUUGUCAAGUCGGAUUGGAUUGUAUCCGGGUGUUGGCCGUAGUGUAUCCGGACCCUCUGGAUCGAGUUGGACCCAGUAUCGCUCAGACGAUGAGAUCACGAGACCAGGGUCCAACCGAGAGGCUAUAUUGACAUUCCCAGAAUAUUCCUCCUCACCUGUGUUCCAGAUGCCCAGGACAUCACUGCAGGACCCCAGCACACGCCAGACCCACAUGGAAAACCCCAGUCCAGGGUACGUGGCCUCUGAGGAACGCUCUCCACCCCCUCACUCCUCAGCUUCCCUCAUCAAGGCCAUCAGGGAAGAGUUGCAGAGACUUUCACAAAAACAGCCCACUGCUGUGGGUUACCACAGUUGAGAUCAAAGCCCGCUCCUGGGUGACUUCCUGUUGCUGCUGUGAGCUGGACAUACCACAUAAAUCCUCCCGCAGCUGAUCUUACACCAACUCUAACCAAAAUUUGACACUUCAAGUACGGCUGGUCUGUUACACACAAAGGCGUCCUGAUAUCGCCAAGACAUCCCUGACUGCCGUUUCCCUGCUGACGUGCAGAAAAUAAACUUCAAUACAAUAAAAAAAACAUACAGCUCUCCUUCAGACCGUUUAGAUGAAAGAUUGAACCGUAUACAGGGCUCUUAAAUUGCAUGCUGGGAGCUGUGACUCUUAAAGACUCAGUGCUGCCGAUGUGAAAGUUCAUCUCAUUCUGUUUCAUGUCCGUCAAAGUGCUUCCUCCAAAUGGGACUCCGGACCUCCUCUGGUGCUAAACAUCAUUUCUUGUCUCCAUCCACGCAUACGGAAACGGCAGGCUUAUCUUCUUUUGUGGCUGUAUUUUCAGUCUCUUUCCUGUUGUCAGUUUCAUCAAUAAUGGCUAAUGGAGUGAGAUGGUCUGUGGCAUGAAUCUCUGCAGAAAGGGUGUAGAAGUGAUUCUGUUGGGACUGUAACGCUGAAGUCGCUCUGUGUUGGUGAUCUGGUAGGUUUUGAGAAAGUCUGCGUGUUUGUUAUGGUGCAGAUCAACACAAAUAUCUCUAGAGAAAAGAUUAGGACUGCCGUCCCCGUUCUUUUGUCCUCUGCUGUGUCUUUUUUUGUAAAUGACUGGUGAAGCUUCACGGUUUACAGAUUUUAAUUUCGCACAUGUUCAACUUUGCACAUUCGUAUCAUGGUGGAAGUCAAUCAGUUUCAGAGUUUAUUGUGGAAAUGAGAGAAACGAAAAAGAUAUUAUAAUAGAAAAUACACAUGAAAUAUAUAUUGCAUAUUGAUGUAUUGACCCAUUGAGCACAAUCUGUUAGAUUAUAUGUUAAGCAUAUUAGAUUGUAUUUAUUUUUUCUUGUACUGAAAGUAUUAUGUAUUAAAGAUGUUGGAAAAUGUCGCUAUGGGACAUUUAAGAAAAAAAAAGACCAAAUCACUGUUGAAGCAUAUAGUUCCAUCAGCUUGGUAAUUCAGUAGGCAUUCUAUAUGUAUUUUAAUGUAUAUGGUCAUGUGGAUUUGCAAAGAGCUGUGUGUGCUAAAGGGUAUCUGCCUUUUCUCCUUUUCUUUUCUUUGUUUUCUGCUAUACUUCUUUGUUUUAUGUUUUGGGUUUACCUUUAAGAUUUGUCUGUUUUUUUUCUUUUUCUUCCAUUUUGUUUCCACAAUCACCUGCAUUAUCAGGGAAAUUAAGUGUAAACUUUCCAGACCUGAAACUUAUUUUAAUCUUUAAGAUGAUGAAAAAGUCCAUAAAAUAGAGCAAGAUCUCUUUAAAAAUAAGAUUUUACUAUUAUUAUUAAGUAAUGGAAAACAAACUUAAUUGUUCCUUUUUCUUAUUUUCAAUCUUUUUUAUUUCUUGUAUAAGGUGCCUGGCAGGCCUGAAGUUAGAAGGCAUGUGAAGUUAUGAUUCUGGCUUCAUUUCUCCUUUGUUUACUUGUCUUGAUGGGCAUGCUAUUAGUCUUAAAAAAUGAAAAUGUGACAAACAAGCUUGAUAGAAUUUAGCAUACGAUGAAAGAAUACUAUGUAAAGGUUCGUGAGACUCUACACCAAUGGUGAAAGCACAGAGAAACCAUCAAAAUCAUUUUACAGUAUUUAUUUAUAAACCUGAAUAAUAUUUUUUGAAAAUCAAUAUUUAUGAUGAAAAUAUAUAUCAUGUAGAAAGAGUAUUAAUAUGUAAAUGGACAUCUCUCCAUAUUUAAAUAUUCAAUAUCUAGUGCACUGAUGACCAGUAAGAGGGCGAAUAUCAUUGGUAGAUCACCCUUCUCCCACUGUGCAAAGACCAACUGGGAAUUCUUUUGAAAUGUUUUGUUCUGUUUUUGUUUUUCUCAGAUUUUACCAUGAAAACUGUAUGCAUUUAUAAAUCAUUUGACUAACAUGGUGCUACUCAACACACUCUGUGUGUGUGUGUGUGUGUCUGUGUGUGUGUGUCUGCUUGUGGGAUGUUUUGCGUGUAACCAUCAAAACCUAACAGCACUUAACAGGUUUCAAUCACAUUUAUACCAAUUAUAAUGUACAAACUCUGAGAUUAACCGAAUGAGGGUGUGUGUGUGUGUGUGUGUGUGUGUGUAUGUUUACGCAAUAUUAUACCUCACCUGUGUCAUAGAGGACAUCAUGGGAAUGUGAUACAAUACUUACAUGAAGUUCAUUUUUACAUUCCAAGUUAUUUUAAAUAUGUGAAAAUGGAUGGAUGUUGAAGAUACAGACACCAUCUUUGCAUUCUUUGAAUUAUCUUAUUUCAUUCGGUCUUGUUUAUUUUUCCUCUCUCUUGGUCUCUGCAAACUGCAUCCCAGUAUUUGAUGUUUAAUGUCUCUAUAUUGUUGUGUAAAUUAAACAAUAAACAUUGUGCCGUCGAUUA